UUUUAUUAGAAAAUUCUGUAUUACAUAAUCCGAUUCUCAAGAUUAAUGAUAAUAAUAAAGCAAAUAUCAUUAAAAGUCUAACCAAUGAUCUGAAGCUAACAAAACAGACAUUAAUAAAAGUAAAAUCGGUAUUCAUUGAGGAAAUGGAUAGAGGACUGGCACUGACACCACCACCACCACCUAAACUAUCAUCCGAUGGUAAUGAUGGUAGUGUUGGCCAUCAUAAUGGCACUGGUAGUCAUCAUCAUAAAUCAUGUCUACUCAUGCAAAACACUUAUGUACCCGAAUUUCCAACUGGCCAAGAGUCUGGCCAUUAUCUAUCGCUGGAUUUGGGUACAACCAAUUUUCGUGUAGUACUAAGCAAACUGGGCUCCGGUAGCCAGAAAAAUGAGUUUUCCGUCAAAUACUAUGACAUACCAGAUGAUUGUAGACGCGGCCCAUCGAUAAAUCUAUUUGAUUUUUUGGCCGCCUCAAUCGACGAUUUUGUUACAACUAGUACAUACCUGUCCCCGUCAUCAACAACAACAACUACCUGUGCCAUCAAUGGCACUGGUGGUGGUGGUGGGGGUAGUGGUGGUGGUGUCGGUAAACGGCUGGCACUCGGGUUUACAUUUUCGUUUCCAAUGUCGAUGCGUGCCCUGAAUGUCGGUCUAUUGGAAACUUGGACCAAAAAUUUUGACUGUCCCGAUGCUGUCGGUCGGGACUGUGCCCGACUACUACAGGAAGCUAUCGAUCGGGUCAGAUCGGGUGGACUACCCGUAGAUGUAGUGGCCAUACUGAAUGAUUCGACCGGUACGCUGGUCAAGGGUGUCUAUUUGGAUGGGAAAUGUUCGGUGGGUAUGAUAUUGGGCACCGGUAGCAAUAUGUGUUAUAUUGAACGAGCGGAUAGGGUUGAAAAAUGGGUGGAUAGGUGCCAGUCGGAGUAUGCCGAUUGUCGGGAAGUGGCCAUCAAUGUCGAAAGCGGUGCGUUCGGCGAUAACGGUUGUAUUGAUUUUGUGAGGACACAAGUGGACAGGGAGUUGGAUAGGGAGUCGUUGUUUCCCCAGUCGUUUACUUUCGAAAAGUACUUUAGCGGUCACUUUAUCGGUGAUCUUGUUAGAAGAGUAUUGGUGUUGUUGGCCAGCAAUCGGGUACUAUUCGAUGGUAUAGUUACCGAUGAGUUGGCCACUAUGGGUACUGUUUCGUCUACCGAUUUGUCUAUUAUUGAGGGAGAUGAAAGAGAAAGCAAACAAUUUGUCCGCCAAUUGGCCGCACGACUCGGCUAUACAUUACCGAUGAUUACCGAUGACGACGUUGCGGUUGUCCGCUACGCCAGUGCAUUGGUCACUGUCAGGGCUACACAAUUGAUUUCGGCUACUCUGGCCGCCGUAGUCGACCGUAUUGAUCGCCGACAUAUAACAGUGGCCAUUGACGGCUCACUUUAUAAACAUCAUCCAAAAUUUCACGAUUUGAUUACCGAUUUUACUCGGGAGCUGAUGAUGGCCAGUACCGAUAGUAGUAGUACUGCCGGUGCCGAUACCGCUACCGAUAAGACAAUCAAACUGAUACUGGCCGAGGACGGAUCGGGUAAGGGUGCGGGACUGGUAGCCGCAAUUGCCCAUCGAUUUUGGCUUAAACAUAACAAUUCUAACUGUCCAUCGGUGUCGUCGUCGUCAUCGUCAUCGUCAUCGUUAUAUAGGUUUUUAAUACGAUCGGACAUAACAACUACGGCUAUGUCAAACAUUGCGGCCACUAAUAGCAGUCCCAGGGUUAGACCAUGUAGAUAG